AUGAACAAACAAGCACUGUUGAAGAAGUUAUCAGCUGCGAAAAAAUCAAAGCAGCAACCGGAAUUGCCAUCCAAACAUCAACAGAAGAAGCAAUUAGAAGACGAUUCUGAAAGCGACAAGGACAGCAGCAGUGGAGAUGAGUCAUCGGAUCAUGAAACCACAGUUUCAAUCAAUCAGAAAAAUUCAUCUUUGAACUCUAACAACAGCUCUGUUGGAAGAGGUGUAAAGAGAGAUCUUGCUUCUUCCUCCUCCUCUUCGGAAGCAUCAUCAGCGUCUUUUACCACUGCUCCGAAAAAGUUGAAAACCUCUUUUGCUUGGAACAUUGACCAGCAAUCAGAGAAAGGAACCUCAGAGGAGCCAGAGGACAAUGAAGAAGAGUCUGCAAGUGAGGAUGAGGAAGACCUCGUUGAACAAAGCACUGAUGAGAAAACCAAAGCUCAUCACCAUCAUCACGAUGUUCACCAUUUGACUGAAACUGAAAUUGCAGAAAUAGAAGAAAGUCUUCCCAAUAAGGCUCCAACAAGUGAAGCAGAUUUUGAAAGACUUAUCAUCGGAGAGCCUAAUAAUUCUUAUUUAUGGAUUCAAUACAUGACAUUUAUGCUCAACACCUAUGGCUUUGAAAAAGCAAAAGAAAUUGGUGAGAGAGCAGUGAGUAGAAUACAUAUUUCAAAAGAGAAUGAACGAUUCAAUUUGUGGAGCGCUAUUAUGAGUUUAUAUGUUUCUAAUAACAAACCAAAUAUUGAAAAAGUUAUUGAAAAGGCUCUACAAGGAUCAUCUAAGCCACAUAAUAUUUAUUUACAAUAUGCAACUAUUCUUAACAAGCUUUAUGAGAAGAAGAAACAACGCCUUGACGAAGCUGAUGAAGAAGAGGCCGAAGAAAGCGAUGCUGACGAUGAAAACGAAGUUAAAAAGAAAAAAACAAGUGAACUUGAAGAUUUACUGAACAGAAUCGAUCAAGUUUACCGAAAAGCUUGUAAAAAGUAUAGAAAUGAGAAGAAAGUUUUUGAAGAGUAUGAACGGUGGUGCAUUUCAACGUUAAAAGAUAUCAAGAAGGGUGAAUUGGUGUUGGCGAGGUCACUUAAGGUUUUUCCAAAUAAGGAGCAUAUUUCUCUUAGAUGCAAAUUUGCAAUUCUUUUAUACAAAACUGGUGAAAAUAUCUUAGACGCUAGAAAUGUGAUGGAGAAUAUUAUACAGAAUCAUCCAAAGAGGUCUGAUGCAUGGUCUAUUUAUCUGGAUUGUGAGCAACAACACACCAAAGAUGUCAGAUACAUUCGAGAAAUCUUUGAAAGAGUUUGCCAUCUCACAACGCUUUCCACUAAAAAGAUGAAAUCCUUCUUACAAAGGUAUCUGAAAUUUGAGACUCAACAUGGUGAUGUUGAACGGCAAGAGCAUGUGAAGAAGAUUGCCAAGGACUUUAUCCAAAGCAAACUUCAGAAGGCUCAAAGUGUGAAUGCCAACAAUUAA